AUGGUUAAAAAUGCUAAAAGCUAUUUAAACCUUUAUACGGUCCUUAUCGUAACGUUUUUUUUCGUUUUCGAAAAUAAAUUCGUAAUUGCUAAUGUAAUAAGCGAUAUUUUGCUAAAUUGCCAAUUUUUUAAGCAUAAAAGGUUUAAAACGGCUUUUUCCAACGUGCUCGACGUAGCGUUGGGCGUUAUUAUAAGCGGUGCGAAAUUGCAAAUGCCUUUUUUAAAUUUGCUCGAUCCUUUCCGGUAA